AGCUGUUCAUCAACCGUCAUGUGGGGCCACCUGAGCCGCCAACCCAUGCGGCCGCUCUCCCGCGCGACCCGCGCGGGCGCGGCCCUGCUUGCCGUGAUGGUGGCGAGCUUGGCGGGGCUCACAGGCCACUGCUUCGUCGCGACGGGCUCGCUGGGGCGGCCGCGGGCCGUGGAGCACAUGGCCCGACAAGCAGUGAAGAGAGUACGAAAGCGCUCGAGUGCGAGCGUGAGUAAGCCAAAGGUCAAGGUGAAGAAGCUAGGAAAGUCGAAACAAGGAUCCUCCGAGGACAGCGUGUGGGAUUAUAUCCAGGAGAAGGACAAGGCCGCCUUAGCGGAGGGCGCCUUCAUGGACACCUUCUUUGGCCAGGCCGUGCAGACGGUGACCUACAUCGGCAUCUUCGGGAUCAUCAUCUGGGAGAUCUAUUUGAAUACGAUUUAUCCCCGAGCCUCGCCGACCUACAACCCCAUCAAUCCCAGUGCCAUGUACGACGACUCCGGCCAGGUGGCCUACGACUAGAAGCCGCGCGCGUGGGCCACCUCGGCCCUGCCCUCGAGUCCGAAAAA